UCGAGGCUGCCUGAGCCUCCCUCCCACGGGCCUCCUGCCCCCUGGAGCCAGAUAGACAAAGAGCCGGCCAGGAGCCCACACGUCAGCCCGCGUCCAGCUCUCUCCACCGAGGCGAUGGGGCGAGCCUGGGACCCUCAGCUCUCGUUGCUUCUGCUGCUCCUCAGUUACUGCGCCGGGACCAGCCUGGACCUCAUCCCGUACACCCCCCAGAUCUCCUCCCACGCCCUGGAGGGGAAGGUCACGGCAGCCACCUUCUCCCUGGACCAGCCCAGAUGUGUCUUCUCCGAGCACGCCGACCCCGCCGACGCCGUCUGGCUUGUGGUCGCCUUCAGCAAUGCCACCGAGGAUUUCCAGAACCCUAAGACUGCUGCAGAGAUCCCCUCCUACACCAAACUGUCCAGCAGCUUUUACUACAUGACCCUGAAGCUGUCUCCUGAGCUCUACCCAUGUGAGGAAGAAGACAUCGCCGUCCUCCGUGUGGGUAGUGACACCAACUGCCUCGGGAACCUGAGUCAGGAGUACUGUAAUGCUCCCCUCUUGGCCCCUGGCCCUUACAGGGUGAAGUUUCUGGUGAUGGACGACAACGGCCGGCCCAAGGCAGAGACGCGAUGGUCGGACCCAAUCACUCUGAACCAAGGGAAGGACCCCAGAAGCAUCGACACGUGGCCGGGCAGGAGAAGUGGCUGCAUGAUCGUCAUCACCUCCAUCCUCUCCACCUUCGCGGGCCUCCUGGUGAUCGCCUUCCUCGUUGCCUCCACCGUCCAGUUCUCCAGCCUCUGGUGGCCCGAGGACCCCUCCCCUCCCGAGCAGCUGCACAUCGGCUCCUUCAUCGGGAAACGCUACACGACCCACCACAUCCCCCCCAGCGAGGCGGACACGCUGCCCGUGGGCAGAGGGGCCCACCUGCCCCCCGGCCCCUGCCCGGCACCAAUAGUCUGACCCUCCGGCCUUGGCCCGGCUCCCGCGCUAUUGUGGCAUGAAUUAAAGGAGGACCCAGAGAGGGUC